UGUGAUGGAUUCGCCCAUCCUAUAGGGAUAAAUGUUGCGAUUGAGACGCUAGUGUCGGCGUUAUAAACAAAAUGUUUCUGGGAGACGAACUUUAAAUCCUUUGUUUCAAAAACAUUUCUUUGCUAUUUAAUUGUAAAAUAGUCGUCCUUUUUUUAAAACUCCUCUUGGCAUAAGUUUCAAAGUAUGAGUUAUUCCAGUAUCAGCGAUGACAUACCUUUUGAAGGUAGAGAUAUUUCUGUAGAAGAAUUUUGGAAAACUGAGAUUCUAAGCUCUUAUAACUCAAAGAUUGACUUGGACUUUAUUGCAGUUUCAAAUCGAGAUCUCCAUCCAUUAACGGUUCACAUAGAAUUCAGGAAGUUUUUAGGUUUUGUUAAUGAUGCUUUGCAUAAAGAUGUUUUUAGAGAUCUUUUAAUGCCAGUAUUUCGACAUUUAUACUUGCUCUUACUAAGUAGCAAAGGAAAAUCUGAAGCUGUGAAAUUUUAUAGAAGUUACAGUUAUUUGUUCUCUUCCUCUGAUGGCCUUCAAGAUUUAUUAAAGUGUGAAACAUGCGAAGAUGCGCAGGUCUUUCUAAAAAGUCUAUCCAGAAUGAGAGUAAAACUUUCAAAAAGAGCUUAUACGACUUUGUCAAAUUGGCUCAAGGGCAAUUUCUCAGAGUCUUCAGAAAUGUUUAAUAUCCCAAGAGUUCUUCAUGAAAAUUUUCAUAUUGAUAUAUACAAUGGUAAAGAGGAAGAGGCACUUUUUUUAGAUGAAAAAAAGAUACUGGAGAAAGUGCAAAGUUUGAAUAAGAAUUUUCAGAUUCCUGAGGCCCCGAAGAAUUCUGAGCAUAAAACUAAAGAUACAGCUAAAGCUUCAUCAAAAAUUCAAACUGGUGAGACUCAAAGGGCUCGAAAGAAAUAUGAACCUAAAGCUGACACUUGUAAAGCAACAAAAAAGGAUUCUAAAAAAGCAUAUCUGGAAAAAGUGAAGAACUCUGGAAAAAGUAUUGAGGAAAUGGUGGAAGCUUUGUUAAAUCCACCUGAUUCAUUUGAUGAUUCUUCUUCAGUUACAGAAAACAGUGAUCAGAUAAUGAAUUCCGAUGAAGAUCCAGGAGAGGAAGACCCUGGUAAGAAAAUCAUUGAAGACGAUACUGGGGAACCUCUUGGAGAAGUUACAGAAAACAGUGAUCUGAUAAUGAAUUCCGAUGAAGAUCCAGGAGAGGAAGACCCUGGUAAGAAAAUCAUUGAAGACGAUACUGGGGAACCUCUUGGAGAAGUUACAGAAAACAGUGAUCUGAUAAUGAAUUCCGAUAAAGAUCCAGGAGAGGAAGACCCUGGUAAGAAAAUCAUUGAAGACGAUACUGGGGAACCUCUUGGAGAAGUUACAGAAAACAGUGAUCUGAUAAUGAAUUCCGAUGAAGAUCCAGGAGAGGAAGACCCUGGUAAGAAAAUCAUUGAAGACGAUACUGGAGAACCUCUUGGAGAAGUUACAGAAAACAGUGAUCUGAUAAUGAAUUCCGAUGAAGAUCCAGGAGAGGAAGACCCUGGUAAGAAAAUCAUUGAAGACGAUACUGGGGAACCUCUUGGAGAAGUUACAGAAAACAGUGAUCUGAUAAUGAAUUCCGAUGAAGAUCCAGGAGAGGAAGACCCUGGUAAGAAAAUCAUUGAAGACGAUACUGGGGAACCUCUUGGAGAAGUUACAGAAAACAGUGAUCUGAUAAUGAAUUCCGAUGAAGAUCCAGGAGAGGAAGACCCUGGUAAGAAAAUCAUUGAAGACGAUACUGGGGAACCUCUUGGAGAAGAUGGUGUCCAGAGAGGAAGACAUUACAAAAUACAACCUCAACGUUUCCAACUGCCAGACAAUUAUAAAACUAAUUUUCAUAGAUCCCUCGCUUACACUAUUUCUGGAAAAGAUAUAGUUUGCUCUUCUGAUAUCUCCCCAGAUUUGCUUUAUAUGGCCGUUGGCUUUGAAAAUUGUAAAAUUCGUACUUGGCGUUUUAUUAACAAUAAUACCAAAUUUCAGCCGAUUGGUACAUUAGUAGGACACGAGAAAAUUGUAUGUGCCUUGUCAAUUGAUUCAAAUAGGAAAUGUCUGAUAUCUGGUUCUCACGAUUAUUCUGUUAAGAUUUGGGACAUAGAGAAAAGCAUUUGUAUGAAAUCACUUAAACCACAUUCUGCUCCAGUUUUGGAUGUUUGUAUUAGUCCCAAUUCCAGGUAUUUUGUGUCAGCUUCAGAAGACCGGAACAUUUGUUUGUUUUGGUAUGACGAGUCCUACCCUAUUAAAAUUUAUUCUGGGCAUUCUCUACAAGCAAACACUCGUGUUCGAUUUCAUCCAAAUGGCGUCUACUUUGCAUCUGCUUCUACUGAUGGAAACGUGUUUCUUUUUAAAGUAACUGUUGACAGCUAUCCUGUUCGAAUGUUCCAUAAACAUAAAACUAGAGUGUAUGCUCUCGCAUUUUCGCCAUGUGGAAAAUGCCUAGCAACUGCUGAUAUUGAUGGCGCUUUAAUAAUAUGGGAUAUACUUAAUUGUUCACCUUUUAAAAUCAUUUAUUCAGGACAAGGAAUUAGAGAUAUGUCCUAUGAUCGUAGUGGUAAUUUCCUAAUUGCUUUAGUUUAUUGUCAAGCUUGGAAGAUAUUCAACGUUGAAGGAGAUAAUAACAGUUUACUUUUUCAGGUCGAGACUAGUGGUGUUCCGAGAUCCCUUCGUUUUUCAGCAGACAAUACUAUGUAUAUUAUUCAGCAUACUGAAGCUCGUCCAGAAACAAUUUUCGAAAAAGGGCUUAUUACAACAGUUGAAUAGCAACAGGCGUAGUAUAAUGAAGAAUCAAUUGUUUUGUGAAGUUUUCUGUAAUUACUUAUUGUUUGUCAUUUUCAAAUUAUAAAACGUUUUUAAAUUGAAGUUGUGAAUAAAUCUUUUUUUACUGUC